AGGAGGAGAAAUUGAAGUGAAAGCAGGGUGAAGUAUCGGAGGUGGUCGGUGUGGUGUGGCCUCACACUCCGGUACAGUAGGUGGCGGUGUAUGCGCAUCAGUUGGUUGCGAUUCCCCCGAUAAAAGUUAAAGAAGAAUAAACCUUUGACACUACAGCUGACCGGACCUCUUGCCUAAAAACAACGACAGAAACAGAAAAUAUCACAAAUAUUAGUUUGGAUUUGUUAUAUUUUAGCGUUUUAAACAAGGGUGACUAUUUGAAGUUGUAAAGCAUGGAGCCGACAGCGCCCAAAAGCAAGCUGAAGAAACUGAGUGAAGACAGUCUCACAAAACAACCGGAGGAGGUCUUUGAUCUUCUGGAAAAACUAGGUGAAGGGUCCUAUGGCAGUGUGUUUAAAGCCAUCCAUAAGGAGUCAGGCCAGGUGGUGGCUAUCAAACAGGUUCCUGUUGAGUCAGACCUCCAGGAGAUCAUCAAGGAGAUAUCCAUCAUGCAGCAGUGUGACAGUCCCUAUGUGGUGAAGUACUAUGGCAGCUACUUUAAGAACACAGACCUGUGGAUAGUGAUGGAGUACUGUGGAGCCGGCUCUGUUUCAGACAUCAUCAGACUACGCAAUAAGACGCUCACAGAGGAUGAGAUAGCCACCAUCCUCAAGUCCACAUUGAAAGGUCUGGAGUAUCUGCAUUUCAUGAGGAAGAUCCACAGAGACAUCAAGGCAGGCAACAUUCUCCUCAACACAGAGGGCCAUGCCAAACUGGCUGACUUUGGAGUAGCGGGACAACUCACGGACACGAUGGCAAAGCGGAACACGGUGAUCGGGACUCCGUUCUGGAUGGCUCCAGAGGUCAUCCAGGAGAUAGGAUAUAACUGUGUGGCAGACAUCUGGUCCCUGGGCAUCACCUCUAUAGAGAUGGCUGAGGGCAAACCUCCCUACGCUGAUAUACAUCCCAUGAGGGCUAUUUUCAUGAUCCCAACCAACCCUCCACCUACAUUCAGGAAGCCUGAGCUGUGGACAGACAACUUCACACACUUUGUAAAGAAAUGUCUCGUGAAGAACCCAGAACAGAGAGCUACAGCCACGCAACUACUACAGCAUCCGUUCAUUACAGCAGCCAAGCCAGUCACCAUCCUGAGAGACCUGAUCACUGAGUCCAUGGAGAUGAAGGCUAAGAAACAACAGGAGCAGCAGAGAGAGCUGGAGGAGGAUGACUCUGAAGAGGAGGUGGAAGUGGACUCCCACACCAUGGUGAAGUCUGGGUCAGAGGGGGCUGGCACCAUGAGAGCUACCAGCACCAUGAGUGACGGAGCUCAGACCAUGAUCGAGCACGGCAGUACCAUGUUAGAGGCAGACCUGGGAACCAUGGUCAUCAACAGUGAUGAGGAGGACAACGAUGAAGGCUCAAUGAGGAGACACCCCACCUCACAGCAGGCCCUGAGACCCUCCUUCAUGGACUAUUUUGACAAGCAGGACUCUAAGGUCCAACAGGGGAGCUAUAACCAUAACCGGCAGCAGGAACCAGGCUAUCACAUCAGCCAGGCUAAGAACGUCUUCCCUGACAACUGGAAGGUUCCUCAGGACGGAGACUUUGACUUUCUGAAGAACCUUGACUUUGAGGAGCUGCAGCUGCGUCUGACGGCUCUGGACCCCAUGAUGGAGAGAGAGAUCGAGGAGCUGCGCCAGCGCUACACCGCCAAGAGACAACCCAUCCUCGACGCAAUGGACGCCAAGAAACGCAGACAGCAGAACUUCUGAAGAGCCUGACCUGAGGAACACAUUCUGACCUGGGCCCGUGUUCAUACAGCGUCUCACAUUCCAGAGUGCUGAUCUAGGCUAAGGUCCACUUUCCAUGUAAUCUUAUUCCUUAUGAUCUAAAAGGCAGAACUGAUGCUAGAUCAGCACUCUGGCAGCAGAACUGAUGCUAGAUCAGCACUCUGGCAGCAGAACUGAUGCUAGAUCAGCACUCUGGCAGCAGAACUGCUGAGGACCUUAGAAAAGGAAUUCUGACCUGGUGCUUUCUGUUAAGACCUGACCAAGGGAGAGGAGAAACCUGACCGCUGUCUGGAAUUUAAUUCACCCUGCUUCUGUGCUUCUAAAUGUCCUCCAUUUUGUCUCUCAUCACCACCCCAGUAGUCAGUGAGACCUGGAGUUAUCCUAUCUUCCCAUGUCUCUGCUGGCCCUCAGGACUAUUUUAAACAAUUAUUAGCCUCCCCCUCUGUUAAUUAUGAACCUGUAGGUAGCCUUAUACCCCUCUGUUAAUUAUGAACCUGUAGGUAGCCUUAUACCCCUCUGUUAAUUAUGAACCUGUAGGUAGCCUUAUACCCCUCUGUUAAUUAUGAACCUGUAGGUAGCCUUAUACCCCUCUGUUAAUUAUGAACCUGUAGGUAGCCUUAUACCCCUCUGUUAAUUAUGAACCUGUAGGUAGCCUUAUACCCCUCUGUUAAUUAUGAACCUGUAGGUAGCCUUAUACCCCUCUGUUAAUUAUGAACCUGUAGGUAGCCUUAUACCCCUCUGUUAAUUAUGAACCUGUAGGUAGCCUUAUACCCCUCUGUUAAUUAUGAACCUGUAGGUAGCCUUAUACCCCUCUGUUAAUUAUGAACCUGUAGGUAGCCUUAUUACCCCUCUGUUAAUUAUGAACCUGUAGGUAGCCUUAUACCCCUCUGUUAAUUAUGAACCUGUAGGUAGCCUUAUACCCCUCUGUUAAUUAUGAACCUGUAGGUAGCCUUAUACCCCUCUGUUAAUUAUGAACCUGUAGGUAGCCUUAUACCCCUCUGUUAAUUAUGAACCUGUAGGUAGCCUUAUAUCCCAAAGUAUGAUUGAUUAACAUUUUCUUACAGAUCCGUUUUUCCCCUUUAGAGCAUCCUCUGAUAAACUGUUUGGGUUUAUUUGCCUCUUGGGAAAGGACCAGCGAUAUGGAAAAUAAUGUUAAAGGAGGAUACAACAACGCAUUGUAAACUGCAGACUUUCUACUUGACAAGUAAAGCUAGUUUAUGUUGUUAAGAUGGGGAAGCUUCACCAUCCUUACAUCGGCGUCACUAAGAGGCAUGGUCAUCUCAACGAGAAAUGGCAGAUUGGGGGAAUCGGCCAUUGUAGAAAUGGCUGUAGUUUCCAGGUGAUACAAAGAAAACAAUAAUGUGUUAGAAACCAUCUAAAUCGCUAUAAAAUAUAUUUUCAAUAACAAUUUUUUUUUACGGCUGUUGAAAGUUGGACGAAACUGAAAGUGAAUUGUUAUCCGGGGUCCUUGGGACGUCCACCAUCAUUGUCCAUGCUAUCCGGUAUCCUUGUACAGUCUGUAGCCAUAACGACAAUUGGUCCUGAGAAUGUAACUCUAACGUUACCCCAUUGAAAUUGAAAAUGGUCAUGGUCAAGGUUAGGUAAGUGUUAUGGUUUAGGGUAGGGACGUUCCCUGAAAUCCAGAUAGCACUAACCACCAUGUUACAGGGAAAUGGGAUGCGAGGUAGGGGAUUGGAGUUGUUUGGAAUGGAGCCUAGUUGUUGCAGUUCACCUAGCUUCCACACGGAUGGGACAUUCUCCAUGUACUGUCGCACCUUCAAUAUAGCCCCACUAUUCAUAUCAGUUCCACUGUGGUAGUGGCAGCCAGCCUGGGGGAUGAUAGAGUAGUGCAUCGAUGGAAACCCUGUGGUGUGUAUUUGAUGCAUCAUGAUGUAAUACUGUAUAUAAUACAACUGUUGAGGUUUGUCAACUACCAAACACUAACUAGAUGAGAAUAAAUGCCUUAAAAAAAUA